AUGCUGAAGACCGUGGCCGAUGUGGGCAAGGCAACUGGUAGCGACAGAAAGGCCAUUCAACCCCUCUCCCGGCUGGUCGGACUCAUGCAGCCGUUGAGCCAAUCUUCCAUCAAUCGCGUGGCUUAUCAAACGGGCGACGACCAACGGCCAAAUCUGAUGGUGGCGUUCUGGGUCUGCGCUGUUGAGAACGCAUGGACGCCGUUGAAGACAGCCUUGAUUUGUCUUUUCCAGUCUGAUCAUCCCACGUUGCGAUAUCAGAGCAACGACAGUGAGGUGACAGUAAGCAUGGAUGAGAUGUGUGAGUUGGCAGUGGAUGCUGUUGAGUGGGUGUCUGACUGGUCAACUCUUUUGCCUGCGACGGGGUUCCCGGGGUCGAAUGCGAUGAGAGUCCUUCAUGACUAUCUUUAUAAACCCCAACAAGAAUCACGACAAGAAGUCAAAUUCUCGUCCGAGACUCAGCAGCACCGGUCCAAUUCGCCUAUGAUGCCAUUCACAAAGUUCGCGGAGCUCCCUCCCGAACUCCGCCUCAAGAUCUGGGAUGAAGCAACAGCCGGACCGUCGAUACAUAUUUUUGACGUCUGUUUUCCGUCCUGGCGCGGUACCGAUCGAAGCAGACGGGCUUUCCAAUCCGCAGACGGCAAGAUUUCAGAGCAGAACCACGCCAGAUGGACAAAGUACAGAGAGUGUGUCUUCUUGGACGCCCUUGAAACGGGUCCGGCGGAGCUUGCGCGGCGGACGAGGAUUGCGAGACACAUGCAUGAUCCAUCCGUAUACAAACAACGGCAAACGAUGCGGUUAGUGUGUUCUGAAGCCUCGGCGGCUGUGGAGAGGCGGUUGAGGGGGAGGAACAUGAACUCUGUCUACCUCCCCGGUCGGAACAAGAAAAUACACUACGACAACGAAGAAGAUGUGCUGCUGUUGCGUUUCGGAGACGGCGGUGCCCUCACGGAUCUCUGCCACGGGGUUUUGUCUGGCGAAUAUGAGGCGUCGGGGGUGAAUAACUUGACCGAGGUGCUUGAAGGGCCGUGGAGCGCCGAGAUAGCGGAGACGUUACGUGAUGCGCGACUCAUCGCUUUGGAUAUCGCGGAGACGUGGACGCCGGCAACAGUUGGGGCGGUGGUGUUUGAAGAGGUGGCAUACCUGGCAUGUUGUAUACAACGGGGACUCCGAGUGCUGUACUUGGUCGAUCACUGUCACGGCCGGUGUACCCGAUGCAAGAAACAGGAUAUCACGAGAUCUCAGCUUCAGACGCGCGGCGAACUAUAUUACCAGCUUCACAGUCGAGACAGGGAUGCGGCUAUAUCACGGGUGGCGGACGUAAUCCAUGGCGUGGGAAAGACGUAUCGGGAGGUGUUUAAUUUGGAGGGCAUGGGUUGGUCGGACGAGCACCCGAUCUACGUGUUUGCGAGGGUUAUGGACGAGAUGAUCAGGAGCCAGCAGGCAGACGCUGCUACGCAGGAUUUCGAGGGAAUCAGGGUGCUACUGGUGGAAGACGACGAGUUGGAGGGCGUGGACAACACGACGGUAAUGGACUGUUAUCCGGAUAGCCGUUCAGAGGUCGCCAAUGAGGGCGUGGACAUGAGCCUGCGAUAG